AAAUCCCAGUUCUCAUAAAGCUUGACAUUAGGUUACAGCAUUUCCUAUCAUCAAGCUCUCACACUACGUAAGUUUUAGUUAACCCUUUUCCAGGUUCCAUUGAUAAUCCCGUUUCCACUCCUUCACAAGAUUCAAUCCUAUUUCUUCCUUACAAACACAACCUGCAACCAUGGUGUCAACCCAUAUCCUUCUUUGUGAUUUGAAGUCCGUACGUUGUUUUCAGAUGGGCGUCUCCUACGUUUCUGGAAUCAUCUACAUCUGAUAUGGUAGAAGAAAUAUUUUUGACAGCUAAGGCCAAAGUAAUGAAUAAUGUUGCCCUUGAAAACAAAAUUAUUAAAGCCCCAAAAGUUGGAGACUUGGAGCCAAAGUUUCUAAAGAAGCAAGAAAAAUGUGGAUAGAAAACGGUUUCUCUAAUUUACUUAUGGAUGCACAAGAUCAAAACCCAUGAAAUUUAGUUAAUUAUGUAUUGCCACAGCUCUCCAACUCUACUCACUUUGAAAUUUAUCAUCAAUAUUAACAGCCUCUGGCGACAUGUAUGCACAACUUUUAGCAAAGAAGAUGGCCAUUAAUCUGUAAAUAACAGAACCGUGGCUACAAUAUCAGUUGCUUCCAUCAACAACUCACCCUCACUUGAUUCUUAGCGGCAUCAGAGUCUCUACCACUUGUCUCCAGACCUCAUUCUUCUCUUAUUAUUUUCAAUAACAGAGGUUUGUUGUUUGAUCUCUAUUUCAAAAGGUCUUCUUGAAACCAUAUCAAUCCAUCUGUGGGCCAACGUUGAGAAAUUUGACAGUCUGCAUAAGCCUAAUACAAAUACAGUCGGCAUUGCAUUUUGAAGGCUGGUCGGUCUAGGACGACGGUUGUCAGACGGCUUCUCUAUUUCUGGGAAGCUCGGGAUGUGAAGAAAGUAAUAGAACUUAUGGAGAUUGAUAUAGUUCUGGUAGAUGAGGAGGAGUUGCUUCUCCAUUGUAUUUGUCUUUUCUGUAACUGUUUUCAAAAUUAUUUUUGUUUGCUAACGCUUCAUUGUUUCUAAAUGGUUUGCAGUCUGAUCCAGGGAUCUAGCAUACACCCCUUGAACACAUUCCACCACUUACUCAGAGAGGGGUCUGUAUGAGCUUGCUAUAGGAAAAGUGGUGGUGCUAAUAGUGACACGUCAGCUCGACACGUCAUCAAGAUGGUGCAGUUAGAGUUGAUAUAGCUUGAGAAAACAGAAGUUAGAGUCAUCGAAAAUAGUCAAGAAAGUUUGUUAUCUUCUUCAUCCAUAUUCUCUGUAUUUUCUUGGUGAUUUUCCUAGAAAAUCACCAUGGAUUCCUCAUCCUUGCUUUUGAGUUGUUUCUACAUGUAACCUCUUGGCAGGAGAGAGAGCGAUUCUUUGUGUAAUACAUUGGAUCGAAUCAAUACGAGUUACUGUUCAUCUUCUUCUUUCCCUGUUACGUUUUACUGUAUCAAAGGUAUCAGAGCCCAGGCGAACCUCGGAUCAAUGGCAGGCGUUGAGUUCCAAGUCUUCGAAGGUGUUUCUUGCAAAUCCAUGGAUUUCAACAUUGGAAGAUCAAUUUGCUCGUGAUGACUACUCGGAUAUGGACAAAUUGGCGUUAGCUGUGUAUUUUCUUGGAGGUAAAGCAGAAUCUUUUGUUCAUCAACGAGAAGAAAUCAAGUAUUUUGAAACUUGGGAUGAACUAAAGAGUAGCUUGAUCCGUAUGUUUGGUGAACGAGACGAUCCGGAACGGAUCAGAUUGCAGACGGAGAGGGACAUAUCAACACAUAAUUGGCUAGUGUCACUUAAGAUUAGGAAUGCCGAUGCGAUUCAAGAGAUGUGGAUGCCUAUUUCUUCUGUUUCGGAGUCACAAGUUGAGUCUGCAUCAGUUCCGGCGAAAUUGCUUGACGAGCAUCGUAUCAUUCCACAGAACGAAUCGAUUCAGGUAUUGAAUCCUAAUCUGGAAUCAAGCCUUACUAAAGAAGAUUAGAGUCAACAGAUUCAGGGGAGCCAAGUGAGUCUGAACCUGUUCCAGUGAGUCUUACGUAUUCAUCCCUUGAUAUGGACUCAACCGUUGAUACCGUGUCGAAGCAUGAGAUUCAAUCGUUUGAGAACAAGAGAGUUGAUGAGUGGAAAUCUCCAAAGGUAGAACAAAUAUAUGUUUUGGAUGUUGACUUGGUGGAAGAAUUGGUUCAAAAAUCAGAAGAUGCUAAGGCUGAGCUAGUUGCACACCACUUGUUUGAUCUUUUGCUUCAGAGGGUUGUUUGUAUAAGGAAGCAACUGAAGUGUCACAAGAGCUGGAAAUUUAAGUAUAAAAUGGAGGAUCUGUGGAGAUUCCUGCCACAAAAUGGUCAUUAUACAUCUAUGAGAGGAAAGCACCAAACUUCCAACAGUCUAUGUGUUAUUGAUCAUGUGGGAUCAUCAUUGGAGAAAAUGAGCACUUGUGGUCGUUGGAGAAGUCAACAACAGUCAUGGUUCGUGUACAAACUGAGGUCGUGGCUUCGCUCACUUAGAAACAACAUCAAGGCAUUUUGGAGAGAUGUAGUAGAGAUAAAGCUGAGUUACAAUGGAAAAGUUAUGUGUGAGUUCAUGGGGAUCGAGAGUGACCUGAUCACACUUGAAUUUUUCUGUUUCAUGGGAGAGAAGUUUAGCACUCUACAACAUAAAGUCUGGUACGUUCUGAUGGUUAAAAAUAUAGACCAGAGUUUUGAGUCUGUGAUGAUGAACCAUCUAAGAAGUAAGGUCCCAUACUGGAGAUUGGCUAGGCUAGGCUUGCUAGAGAUGCUCAGUCUUGUGGCUCAGGUUGACUUUGUAUUAUGGUUCAUCACGUAUCAACACAAAUCUGUUUCAGGUUAUAUUGUUGAGUUGCAGAAUGAAGAGGGAUCUGUUUUGAAAAAUAUGUGGAGAGCAAGCUUGGUGUUUAGCUUACUUAGGUCAGUUAGUGCUUCAAUGGAAUUCCCUGGGUCAGUUAGCGACAGUGAAAAUGCUCGAUAUCUUCAUGAAGUAGAGGAAAAAAGUCUUCAGCUUAAUGAGAAACUUGAGGAGAAGCUAUGUCUUUCAGUGUUAUGGAAGAGACUGCUUUGCAAGGACUGGAUGUUUAAGUUCAAAAACAGAUUGGCCACAAGAACCACAAUCUCAGCUUUUGGGGUUUUGAUUUUGGUGAUGGAAAAUGGCAGCAUUGAUGAAGCGGAGAAUACACUUUUGGUGCACAAGAAGUGUCUUUCUGUUCUUAGACGAGAUGUAACGGAGGCUGCUUAUAUGAGACUUGAAAAGCAGUGGAGGCAGAACAGCCUGAUUCAGAAGUCAUUUGCAAUAAGAAGUUCCCUGCUGCAAAAUAGAACACAAAACGUUUUGUGGUUCCUGCUAGUAACUGAAGAGGUGAUUGUAGCAUUUGAAUUCGGAAUGCACCACACGAAGUCAUGGCAACAGUUUUAUAAUAUUCAGAGAAGUGUGGGGGUUACUACAAGCAUGCCCUUUGAUCCAGGAGGGUUAUUAGAGUGCACAACGGUUUCAAAAGAGUUAGAGCCACUGAUUGUCGAACGUUUCACAUCUUUUAUGCUGCAAUUGUGGACAUGGAAGUUGUUGAUAAACCUUGUGGUCAAGGUUUUUCAAAAAGGGAGGAUUUGCUAUAGGAAAAUUGGUGGUGCUAAUAGUGACACGUCAGCUCGACACAUCAUCAAGAUGGUGCAGUUAGAGUUGAUAUAGCUUGAGAAAACAGAAGUUAGAGUCAUCGAAAAUAGUCAAGAAAGUUUGUUAUCUUCUUCAUCCAUAUUCUCUGUAUUUUCUUGGUGAUUUUCCUAGAAAAUCACCAUGGAUUCCUCAUCCUUGCUUUUGAGUUGUUUCUACAUGUAAACUCUUGGCAGGAGAGAGAGCGAUUCUUUGUGUAAUACAUUGGAUCGAAUCAAUACGAGUUACUGUUCAUCUU